AUGCUCUACAAUGCCCUAAUCCGCACCCACCACAUCACCUCGCGCAAAAAAGUGGCCGCGCUCAAACGCGCCGCCGACACGCACCAAUGCUUCGUGCUUCUCCGCUCUGGCGGAUGCCCGGGCAUCAUGUACGUGGAGGGCCAGGACCAGGCACGGGUCGAAUCGUGGGUUGGGGAAGUUCGUAAACUUCGCUAUAAGGAUUUCCAGCUGGUGACGAGGCCGGCGCUGCUGGCGCACGAAGGGACGGCUCCGUCCAUGGAGAUUGACGCGGGAUUGUCGGAGGUCGCGAGCGUGAAGGAGUUCGGGAGCUGCAUGGAGAGGAGGGGGGUGUGGAUGUGGUGGAGGAAGGGGAUGGGAUAUGCAUGA